UUUUGGAAGCAUAUUAUCUAUUUUUAUCCUGACGUAUUCUCGUGACUCGGACGCGCCAAAGACAAACAGGUUAUUCCCACGUUUUUUAGCCAAUCAGAAUGUAGGAUUUCAAUUCCGGUUGGAUAAUAUCGGCAAUUACGCAUGCGUAGUACAAUGUUUACGUUCAAACCGGUUUUCCCCUGACAAUGUUGUUUUGAAAAUGAGAUUGAUCUUUGAUUUCACACAAAAGAUUAAUUUCAGACGUAGAAGAAUAGGCAGGAAGAAGCCCUUGCAGAACGGUAAUUGUAGUCGUAAACGCUGUAUACCGUUAAAUCCGUAAAGAUUGAAUAAUCGCCGAAAGUCCUGAAAGAUUUCACGCAUUAAACCGUGAAAAUUUGGCGUGAUUCAAGCCGAAGGGAGCGCAAGUUGUUGACAGAUAUUUACAGUAAAUUUUUGUACACACGCCAAGAAAUCGUUUGCGAUCUCAGAUUUUCACAUGGUUUUAAACAAUGCAAUCGAUUCUAAGGAAGACGGAGCAGAUAUUCCGAAAAGGUUUGUGAUUUUCAGGGCUUUUAUGUUAAAAUAUUGUAGAGAUUUUUGAAAUUGCGUGUCGCGCAAAUUAACAUCAAGAGAUGUCAAACAGAUUAGGUUUGGGCCCGUUUAUGGUCCUGUCGUCUGUAAAUCAUUGUUUAAAGUAUAAACUCAGCUAAAUAGCGAGCGCAUGGAGAAAUAAACGCAGCAUUUAUGCAGAAUAUUCAGAUGUAAAUAGUUGUUAAAUGUUUAAAAGCAAGUAAAUGGACACUAACUUUUAAUUAUAUUUUGCUAAAAGCGCGACUGUCUGGGAAUUUGACACUAGCAAGCAUUAGGAAAGUAUAAAAUGCGUAACCAAAUGUGCAUUGUUUACAUUGGGUAGUGAUGUUUGCGGUGAAACGUUUGCAAAAACAACAUGUUUAUGGUCAAAAGUGAAAACAAGAUAUUUGAUUCUGUGCGUAUGUCACGUAUUUGUAUGGUAUUGUGUAUCAGAUGCUACUAAGUUAAUAUGUUAAUAUUAACAAGAAGUUAAUACUCGUAUUAAAUUUCUAUUUGUAUCCUAGCUUUGUUAUACUUAAUAGUGUAUACAAGGGAGAACCUCGGCAAGGAAUUGCACUUCACAUUGCAAACCUUAGAGUAUACUUGUAUAUACUUGAUGAAACCAACUUCAACAUAGUCAGUUUGUGUAGUCCGUGUUUAUUUGUUGCCUAAGUUGCACUGUCAAGACGAUACAAUGUUGACGAUGUAAUGUUGACGAUGUAGCAUAUAGUUGGGAGCAUAAAGGCCGGUUUCCAUUGCAGUCGUUUUGCCCGUGCGGGCGGAGCAGGCUUUGAAAAUCUGCUGAUGCGGGCAUGACGGACGUAAAAAACAAUACAUGCUUCGCCCGCGCAGGCAAAGCGAACGUUAAUGGAAAACAGCCUUUUAGGCAUAUUAUGGUUUAACAACUUUGUUAUUUUACGUUGUCUAAUGGCAGACAGUUCUACCCCACACCAGGAAAAUGUUAGCGUUAACAUGUUAACUAGACUAUCUGCCCCACUGGCAGAUCUAGUUUCUUUUGCAAGGAGGGGUGCAGGUUUUCCAUGGGGUGGUGCAUGAGGGAGCCUUACUGCCCACUCUCCUCUGCAGUCUGCAAUGCUACUAUCCCAACAUCAUUAUUUGAGAUGGCCGAAGUAAUUGGUUUAGCUUACAAACUUCUAACAUGUAAGAAUCUUUUUUCAGCAAAGGCAUGGAAAAUACAGUGAACAAUCCAGAAGAGAAUCCCAGUCUAGCUUCAAAAAUGUCAGAUAAUUCAUCAGAAGCAGACUUUGCACCUCAAACUGUCGUAACCUGGAUGAUGGUGUCAGUUGCUGUUGGUUUGUUGACCAUUUACACCAUGAUACAAUUGAUAUCUAACAAAUUAACACAAGUAAGUACAAUGAUCUGUGAAAAGAUCCACAUACUGUACUCAAGAUACAGAUAUUAGAUAGCAAAGAUUUACAAUGUCGACAUCAGCUGGGAUGCCCAGGCUGAGCAGAGAACUUAGGACUACAACAUCUUUCUAUUCUAUGAUGUCAAAUAUCUAGGAUGGCAAGUGGAAGUAAACUGGUAAUAUUUUUUGAAGUGCGCAUGUUGUCUCUCUCAAUUGCUCGUCAUCCUCCAAACAUCGACAAUGUCACAACAAGAGUUUUGCUGUUGUCAUUACAAGAGCAUAACAAACAAUAAUGAAUUAAUGAGUCUCUUUAAAAUUCAUUUUCAAAAAGAUGUAAAUAUUUAUAGUUUAUUUGUUUAGGACGUCCUAGUCCCAGUCCUCUACUCAGCCCUAACGCCCUAGCUGACGUCAUCUAUCUAUUAUGUACAUAUCAUAAAUAAUGCUAGCUUCUGGAUAAUUAUAUAAAAAAAAUACCAUUAAAAAACAUUUUCCCUUGAAAAGUAAAGUAUCUAAGGUGAAGAAUUAGUAAAAUAAUAAAAGACUGUGAACUCAAAACUAGUUGAUAUUUUUAACUAAUUGGUAUUUUUACUACUCAAUUUUUACAAAGAGAAGAAAUCAUUACCGAUACGAUACCGUCGGUACACAAUGUAAGAAAACAUUACACAAUGGUUGAACAAUCUUUUUAUUAAUAUAGGAAAUUGAGCAUGGUAAGAAAACAGAGGGACAAGUUAACCAACAACACAAAAACACAACAGACCUCUCAAACCACACAGGUGGCAAGCACAAUGCCACAGAUUCUGACAAUGAUUUGGAAACACCCAAAGAAAAUGGGAAUCAAUCUGAUAAUAUUUAUAAAGGUAGUAAGAAAACGGGAGAGAGUGACGGUGAUUUGUUACACAAAAAUUUGACGAGUCCUGAAGAUGAUACAUUAAAUGCAGAGAAGAGUGACUUCGAUACUUCUGAGAAUGUGGAAGAAUUAGAGAAUGAUGGUAGUUGUGUGGAACGUACUGAAUGUACAGAAUGUCAAAGUAAUGGUCACGCGACGUCCAUUCACAUGGGAGCAGGGUUUUCUGGUAAUGUGAGCAUAAGAACAGAAGCUUCUACAGAAAACGGAGAUCUUGUAUGUUGCAAAAUAGAUUCCAACACUGCAGAGAAUGUACCAAACUGCCGAAGCGCAGCAACAUUAGAGAAUUGCAAUGUAAACCACAUCGCUCCUGUGACAGUGAACUAUUUACAAACCAAAUGUUUCUCGUGCAAUGCUGAAAUACCCCGAAAUACUGAAGCACCAACUCAUCCAGUGAAACAAAUUCCAGGCUCCAAUAAACUUCUUGACACUACAGAACUAUCGGAAGAUCUCGCCGGCGCGAAACUAGAUGACGAGAUCCCUACAGAAAACAAGAUUGAAAGUCCAGUUAACCAUCCACCCUGCACCAUUGCGUGUAUGCAAACCACUGUGAAAAGUUUAAGCUGUGUUACACGCAAUGACGUACCAGAAUUAUCAUUACAACUUCACUUGUCAGACUGGAAUAAACCAAACGAAAUUUCACAGUCACGUUUCCACGCACACUUUGGUUUGGAAGACAAUUUAAAUCCAUGUCAAAUACAAGACAACCAAAUUAACAAAGCUGAAAUGCCAUUUGAUGCAGAGAAUAUUGACUUACUCCACACUACACAAUCAAAUGUCUGCACUGAAAAUAAAGCCGCCACAAAAACAGUAUCGGAUUCUUUAAGCUUUUUGGCAGGUCAUCACUCGCCUCAGGAAACAAUAGAUGGCGCAAUCUUCUCAAAAAACUCUUCUCAAGAUGAAUUCAUGUUUCCGCAAGAUAAUGCAACUGCAACAGAAGCGCAGUUUACAACCACAGAGGAACCGGAAACACCAAGAUCCAGAUAUCUCAGGUAUAUCCGAGAUGACCCGGCCCUUUCAAAGUCUUUGGAUUCACAAAUGGAAAUUUUGAAGAAAGGAUGUAAACUUCUUGAGAAAAAACCAGCUAAAAGUGCGCUAAGAACUUCAGGAUCCGAAGAAUGUUUGGUAAGUCAGGAAAAGUUUCUUUGUGUAAUUUACAAAAAUAUGAGAAACCAUUAUAAUGGUUUGUGGUAACACUCCCAGAUUUACAGUCUACAGUCUUUUUUGUCGUGAAUAAUCUUUUAAAUACAAUCUGUAUUCUCACUACCUUUUCAAACCUGAAUCUACUUUUGAUGUCAAUCGAAUGCGCACUUGGAAGAUUUAUUGUUCCAAGUGUCGUUCCUACAACCCAACUUGUUGCUCUUAUUAAUAGGUUAAUUUCAUGGACGUUUCAUGUUAAUAUUUGUUCAAAUAUAUCAGUUACCGGUGGUAAUGUGUGUUCGUGUCUUUAAAUAUAUGUCAUAACUAUUGCUGUCUUUCUUGGGCUUGUUCUUAAUAUGGGAUUCUUCUCCUGAUGACAAAACCAAUUCAACCUUAUUUUUCCUUCAUCUAAGUAUCUACUCUUAAAUUUAAUAUCUCUUUUGUUUGUGAUGUUACUCUGAGUGUGCAUCCACACAGGGUCUUAGCUAGAGGGAUUAAUUAAAUAAGGCCGUGUAGGUUCAUAAAAUAAGGUGUUACUGCUUACAACAGACAGCAUUUCUUCCCAUUUUCGUUGUAAGAAAGUUUCUAAAAUCUACUGUAAUUGAUCAAAUUGGAAAAAGUGAUCUGUGAUGUUUUAAUGUUUUGAUGGAUGAUGGGAACCAUAUGGUAUUAUAUAAAAUGGUUUUAAAUACCCCCAAGAGUUGCUGAAAAAACUUAAUAUUUUAAUGUCAGUACGCAAUGUGAGCGUAGCCUUGUAUUUGGUUGCAAAGCCUACAACAACCACAGGCAUUGUCUGUUGUUGGCGAGCAUAACUAGAAAUACGCACACCCAGGUCAUUUAGAAACACGCCCAAGAUCUAAAAUCCUAGCUAAGACCCUGCAUCCACAUCAGGCAAGCUGAAAAGUUUGCCUGACCACUGUGGGAAUCGAAUCCGCGACCUUUGGGAUACUAGAUAAAAAAAUCUUAAUAUCUAUUUGUUCAUGCAUGUAUAAAAAUCUUUUUUAACUUUAUUGGAAAUAUUAACAAUAACAAUAAAAGGUAUUGCCCAAAAGGAAAAGUGCGAACGAGUCAGAAAAAAGCCCAUGCGAGGCACUUCCCUUAUAAACUUUACAAUUAUAUUUACAUUACACUAUAAAUUAUAGUUGAGGUGAAGCUCGAUUUGCGCAUACCCACAAAACAACCCAAAAGGUUGUAUAAUAAAUAAAUACAAAGUCUUUUUCGUCACGUAAUUUUACAGUAAAACCAGUCAACGUAGUACUUAUAAUAAUGUUUUGAUUUUUUUUUAGAAAAAAUUCGUACAUUUUCCACCAGACAUUCGUAACAUUCGCAAGGUGCAUAAAUACGACAGUUUUGACGAAAGUUGCUUUGAUGUUGAAGAUUCUGCAAGCAACGCAGAGAAACAACGAACACAAAGUCAAAGUUUUGACAUUUUUUUGAGGAAAUGAAGUGGAAAUGUAUUGAAUGAAAACUUCCUCUCCGAAAGGAAUGUAUUUUGGUGUCGGACGAGUCUUGAAACUGAAAAUUAAAUAGCUUGUCUGUACUGUAGUGAAUACUGCUGUUAUAGAAGCUUUGUAUAUGACUAUAUUUUCAAUGUGAGUUAUAAUUAUUUUUUUGAGGUGGACGAAAUUUAUACUGUUGUUACAUUUGGAUAUAAUAAUUAAUAUAUAGUUUUGUAUAUUUUAUCAAUAUCAGUAUAUUCUGUAAGAUUGUAAAUUUGUUGAAAGCGGCUCAAAGCUUAACAAUGGCGUUUAUGCCAAUUAUGUUAAUUUUUCGGUAUAAAAUUAUUUGGUAAAAUUAAAACGUUUCUAUUUUUCAUCUGAAA